CAAAUACGCAGGGUGUGAAUGGAGCAUCCUGAUGGAUCAGCUCCCGACCGCCACUUUCCCAGCGCGUGAUAGGCCUCGGACCAGCCCACUUCCCACCGCCGCGGAUCCUUCGAUCGGCCAGCCAUGGUUCAGCCCGUCAAGUUGGGUCUUUGUUCUUAUCUGAUAAUAGUCUCCUGGGUUAUCUCGGCCCUGAGAGGGGGUUUGUGCUGUCCCGGCUGAUGUCGUCGUGGGAAUAUUGAGCCUGUCGAUUGUUGUUUCGAUAUCUACCUAGACUCGACAUAUUACCAUCGAGGGAGGUAUUUUCAUGCUAUCUCGUGGGGGAUUCUGAAGCCAUGGAGGAUUGCAAAGCGGCCAGCUCGAGGCCGUUUAUCCCUCGCUGGCGAGUAUCACGAGAGCGAAACGUUGCUUCUUGGGUCUACCUUUUGUCUGGGGCGCUGGGCCUCCUUUGGUGGACAUUACCAGCUCCAAGGAGAGACUUAGAUCCUGCGUCAACACCGAUAUCAACACCGGCCACUUCACCUUUCCGCUGGGAGGAUAUCGUCCCCUCCAAAUCCUUGGAGUACCAUGAUUAUGGAGACGGGUUUCAAUGUGCCCGACUAGAGGUGCCGAUGGACUACAAUCAGAGCGACACCACUCGAGGGCGAACGUUCGCUUUGGCAGUGGUUCGGAUCCCAGCAAAGGUUUCCAUCGACGACCCUCGUUAUGGAGGUGCUAUGUUGAUCAACCCGGGCGGCCCUGGUGGUCCCGGAACUCUGCAAGCAUUCUUAUCAGGUCGCAAUCUACAGACUAUCGUUGAUUCGGAAAAGGACCCGAGCACAGUCCCACCCAACGCAAGCGACAAGUUUUUCGAUAUCAUCGGCUUCGACCCGCGAGGCGUGGGAUCCACUACGCCGGCAGUAACGUGUUUCCCCGAUUCGACCUCCCAACGGAACUGGGAGUUGCAAGUCGAAGCAGAAGGGAUGCUGGGCAGUAGCCCAAACGCCUUGCAGAGAAACUGGCUGCGGACACAUGCGCUGAACUCCGGAUGCUCUAUCUAUGAGAUGGCCGCUGCUGAUGACAUGCAGGGCGAGGAAGCAAUGAUGGAGUAUGUCAGCACUACGCUCGUAGCUCGUGAUAUGAUCACCAUCGUUGAGCGUCAUGGUGAAUGGCGCGAGAGACAAGGUCGACUAGCCCAGGAAGUCUAUGACCUGCAACACGGCCCAGAUGAGUCGCGCGCCAUCCUCAGACGCACUCAAUGGCACGUUGACAGGGAACCCCUCUUGUACUGGGGUCGGUCUUAUGGAACUCUCUUAGGUACAACCUUCGCUGCACUUUUCCCCAACCGAGUUUCGCGUGUGAUUUUAGAUGGCGUGGUCAACAUGGACAGGUACUAUGAGGGACGAGGUCCAAGCGUAGUCGUGGAUGCAGAUGCGAUUUUCGCUCGAUUCGGCGAAUACUGCCACGAAGCCGGUCCAGAGGCUUGUCCAUUCUAUGCGGAGGGGGGAUCUGACACCAUCAACGAGGCCUAUUGGGCGAUCGAAAACCAGCUUCUAAACGCAUCUCUCCCCGUGAUGGCAUCUGCCACUCGCGGGCCGGAAGUGGUAACAUGGACAGAUUUGAAGAAUAUCCUUCGCGUUGCUGUAUAUCAGCCCCUUCUUGCCUUUCCCGUGCUCGCCAACCAUGUAAGUGAGCUUGCAAAGGGUAACGCAGUGACAAUGGCGGAUUUCAAGCAUCGCCGACAUUUUGGUGCUUGUCCCUCUAGUGAGUGUCGCUUAGCGGGGCCGUGGUCGUCCCAAUGCGCUAGCGAGCAGGACAACACUCUCUAUGCGAGUGCGGCUAUUCUAUGUACGGAUGCGGAAUACAUGACGAACUAUACCUGGGAUGAGUUCGAGGGGAUAUGGGCUGCGUUGGCGGCCGAUAGUCGUUCUCUGGGAGAUUAUUGGGCUCAAAUCGAACUGUCCUGUGUGGGGUGGAAGGCGAAGGCAAAGUAUAAAUUCACAGGUCCAUGGAGUGCAGUAACGGCACACCCAAUGCUGUUCGUCUCGAAUACUCUUGACCCGGUCACUCCUCUGCACAACAAUUUCCUGGGUCUGUUUUACUGGAGCAGGAUUCUGAAGGGCACACCACCAUUGCUGCGCCAUCAUUAUGCGUGGCAAAGGCCAUCCGCAAGUACUUUCAAACCGGGGCACUUCCUGCUGUCGGCACUCUUUGCGAGGCGGACUUAAAGCCGCUGGUCGGCUCUCGUGGAAAGGUUGAGGAGCAAGGUCUAAGCUGUGCUGACCAGAAGCUCAUGGACGCAGUAAUGGCUGAGGUUAAACAGGGAUAUCUCCCACGGUUCUAGCUUUGACUGCCUUUGUCGGUAUUUUUGAUGUAUUUCUGCCAUUAUAUCAUCGGUUUAUUUUGGGACGGUCGUGUUCGAACCGUCUUUUGUUGGGUUGAGCGAUAGGGCCAUGACAGGCGAAAUGAUUUAUUUGAAUCAUAAAUUAAGCGAGAGCGUGCCUUUUCAUCAGUGAAUAUCCGUAUUAAGCGAUUGAAUUGGGCGAACUUCAUUUUUGUCUAUCAUUAUC